AUGGCUGCAGCUGAGGUGAACGGCAGUUCUGUCACCACUAAGGAGGAAGAAGAGCCCAUGGAUGUGACCUCAACACACACAGAGAACUACCAGACACUCAUCGAUGCUGGGCUCCCGCAAAAAGUAGCUGAAAGUCUAGAUAACAUCUUCCAGACAGGUGGGUCAUAGCUGCUUAAAGUGUUACAAACAAACUGAAAUGAAGUAUAAAAUACCUUUAAUUUGGCCAAGCCUGAUAGAGAGUCUGCUUUUACAGGCUUGGUGGCGUACAUAGACCUUGAUGAAAGGGCCAUUGAUGCGUUGCGGGAGUUUAAUGAAGAAGGAGCUCUCACUGUGCUGCAGCAGUUUAAAGAGAGCGACCUGUCCCAUGUACAGGUAACCCCAUGGCUGAAAUACGUGCCUUACUGUCUUGUAGAAGUGCGCUGUGUUGUAGAUUAUUAGAAAUAACUGUUUUUUUUUUGUUUGUUUAAAUGUAGAAUAAAAGCGCUUUCCUCUGUGGAGUCAUGAAGACUUACAGACAGAGAGAAAAACAAGGAAGUAAAGUGCAGGAGUCCACCAAGGGUCCAGAUGAGGCAAAAAUAAAGGUAAACAUUGACUCAUACCUACUCAUGUCUUAUGUGUAAAUGCAUAUCUUUGCAUCAAUGCAGCUCACGUUACAUUUUAUUUUGUGUAUUUUAGGCUCUCUUGGAGCGGACGGGAUACACUCUGGAUGUCACCACAGGGCAGAGGAAAUAUGGAGGUCCCCCACCGGAGGAGGUGUUUAAAGGAACACAACCAGGGAUCGGAACUGAGGUAGAAAGUGUUGCUUUUGUUAAGGCUUGUUUUUGUCUCAUUUGCAGAGUCCAGGUACUUUAAGGUCGGCUGGAAACUUUCAGAUGCAUGUUGCAGAACCAGAAUUGAAGUCUCCCAAAUCUCGUGCUGUAUUUGUUUUGUUUUUUUCCAUAUACUUACAUCUACCUCUCUUCUUCUCAUCAGGUGUUUGUGGGGAAAAUCCCAAGGGAUUUAUACGAGGAUGAGCUGGUGCCGCUCUUUGAGUCUGCUGGUCCUAUCUGGGACCUCAGGUUAAUGAUGGACCCUCUCUCUGGUCAGAAUAGAGGUUACGCCUUCAUCACAUACUGCAAUAAGGAUGACGCCCAGAAGGCUGUGAAGCUUGUGAGUGUUCUGAAGACACAAUUCAACCGUGUUACUCUGGAGAAAAUCUAGCUCGGUAAUAUUGAUUUAUCAUUUCUGCUCACUUAAAAUACCUUUCCUCAAGCUUUUGGCUUUUCCAUCUAUUUCCAGUGUGAUAACCAUGAAAUUCGCCCCGGCAAGUAUUUGGGAGUGUGUAUAUCUGUUGCAAACAAUCGCCUGUUUGUUGGAUCAAUUCCAAAGAACAAGACAAGAGAAAGUAUUUUGGAAGACUUUGGCAAAGUUACAGGUGAGUUCAGGGACACUUAAGUGGGUUUGUAAUGGAAAGUUUCUAAAACAAACCUGUCAUGUUGGAUGAUGCGUUACAGUUCUGUGAGAGACUAUGUUUUUUUUGUCAUGGUAUUGUACAGAGGGUCUCCAAGAAGUGAUACUGUACCACCAGCCGGAUGACAAGAAGAAGAACCGUGGUUUCUGUUUCUUGGAAUACGAGGACCACAAGUCUGCAGCACAGGCUCGCCGGCGCCUAAUGAGUGGCAAAGUCAAGGUUUGGGGGAACCCGGUCACUGUGGAGUGGGCUGACCCUGUCGCUGAGCCUGACCCCGAGGUCAUGGCCAAGGUAGGCGACUGAUGUUAUUUUGGUCUAAGGUUUUCACAGUCAUAUGUAAAAUUAGUUUUAGAGGUCGCCUGAUCCUCUGGAAUUUUAAUUCCAACAUUUCCCUGACUUCAUAGGUCAAAGUUCUCUUUGUGAGGAAGCUGGCCACAGCGGUGACUGAAGAGCUCCUUGAAAAAACCUUCUCUCAGUUUGGAAAGCUGGAGCGAGUGAAAAAACUGAAAGACUACGCUUUUGUACAUUUUGAGGAAAGGGAUGCUGCUGUGAAGGUGGGUUUCUACAUGCUGCUGAUAACGGGAUUCGCCUGUCUGAAUCUCUGUGUUUAACUGCAUUGAUUUUGUUUGGUUAGGCGAUGGAUGAGAUGAACGGAAAGGAGCUUGGGGGAGAGGAAAUUGAGAUCGUCCUGGCAAAGCCCCCAGAUAAGAAGAGGAAAGAGCGCCAAGCAGCUCGGCAGACCACCAGGAAUGCAGGGUGAGGGACACGGACAUGUGAUUGGUCAGCUGCACAAGCAGUCUCAGUAUGAGGAGUUCACUGAAUGUAACACUGUCCCCUCUGCAGGUAUGACGACUACUACUACUACCCACCUCCUCGCAUGCCCCCACCAGGCCGAGGCAGGGGCCGUGGUGGCCGAGGGGUAGGCUAUGCUUAUCCCCCAGAUUACUAUGGAUACGAAGACUACUACGAUGACUACUAUGGCUACGACUAUCACGACUACCGAGGGGGCUACGAAGACCCUUACUAUGGCUAUGAUGAUGUUUACAGCAUGAGGGGCCGUGGUACACGUCCUAACAGGGGGGGGCCUCCUCCACCCAGGGCCCGUGGAGCACCACCUGCACGAGGCCGUGGUGGCUACGCCCAAAGGGGGCCACCUCUUGGUGGUCCGAGGGGUGGUCGAGGAGGCCGGGGAGCCCCUUUCCAGCCGCAAAGGGGCCGUGGUCCUCGCGGUGCCAGGGGCAAUCGUGGGGGCAACGUGGGUGGAAAGAGGAAGGCGGAUGUGUUUAACCAGCCUGACUCCAAGCGCCGCCAGACCAACAACCAGAACUGGGGGUCCCAGCCCAUCGCCCAGCAGCCCUUGCAGCAAGGGGCCGACUAUUCCGGUAACUAUGGUUACAGUAAUGACACCAUGGAGUUUUCACAGGAUUCUUAUGGGCAGCAAUGGAAGUAGAUGCACCAAAAGGUAUUUGGCAAAGUGACAACAAAAAAAGAGAAAAACAACAAAACAAAAAAAAGCAAACAAAAAAAGAAACUGGAGAUUGGCCACAGUUUUUUGAUUGACUUUUUAUUCUUCAUCCCUCAUGAAAAAAAAAAUCUGUACAUAUAUCUUAAAGAAAAAAAUGGACAGACCCCAGAAUUGGCUCAAGAUGAUUGGCUGGAAAGCCUUUUGGCUGAAGAAGAGAACGUAACCGUUGCGGUGAAUCAUUUGUUACUUCUACGGUUACAUUGGGACGUGUCUUUAAAAAACACUCAAAAUACUUUUAUUGUUACAUUUUUUUUGCUGAUUCUUUUAAAGCCAACAAUGAACAUUUACAAAAAAAUGGACAUUCAUAAGUCUGAGAGGACAUUAAAUAAUGAUAUUUGCCUUGCAGGAAGUUUUUGUCCAUGCCCUUUCCCUUCCUCCCCUUCUUGUACUCCCUUUCUUUGUGGUUUCUCAUAGUUGCUUAGGGACUUGCUUGUAAAUAAAUGCAUAUGGUUAGAGCUUCAUACUUCAUUUUUUUGCAAUGGUGGAGAAAAGAAUCCACAGGAAGGAAGAAAUCAAAGUUUUGUAAUGUUCAAAGUGUAUGCCUAGCAUUUCUAGAGGUAGUAAAACUGUGUUUUUUUUAAACUGAUACCAUAACUUCCUAUGUUUUCUUUGAACUUGCCCAAUAGAAUUUGGUUUGGCUUACCUUAAGAGCCAUAGCAGUUUGUUCUCUGAUGUUCUUUGUAUUUAUAACUUUUACGUUUGUUCCGUUUCAAUAAAACUCAGCUGAGCAUCAGUCAAUUGUCAGAUACUCAAAUUCAGUGUUGUCAUUCAGUAUAUGAUUUGAUUUCUACCUCAAUUCACUUAUUUGGAUGAAGAUCAUCGUUUUCAAGUCAAAGACUUUUGCCUUGUAGGACAAUCACAAAAAUCUGAAAUUGUACAAUCAGACAACGGGACAAGAGAACUUUACAAGUUUGGAUGAUGACAUGAUUUAACAGGAUUUUAACCCUUUAUUUUUCAGUGCAUGUAACAUCAGCCUACAGUCAUUUCCUGCAUUCAGAAUGUGCAUAGUGGAUAUCGCAGCAGUGCACUUAUUUGAUCACAGUUUGGUCCUUGUAUUAUUAUAUAAGAACCAAACUCUAGUUUUGACUUCUUUUACAUUACACGAGAUUGUUCCUGUUUGUGUUCACAGGUGAACUUUUUUUCUUUCAAACAUAAACAUUUGAUGCUCAUAAAGGUCAAGUUUAAUCUUAAAGGAAAUAUUGAUAUGUAACAUGAACCACAACUUAAUAUUUUCUCAUCAAGACUGCCAUGUAGGGCUCCUGAAUUAACGGGGGAGAAAGUCAAAAACAUAAUUUCUGAUGGAUCCACUGGUACACUUUAGGAAAGAAAAACAUUUAAAUUUCUACAGCACAGAGUAAAAUGGAUUGAAGUAAUCGAAGUAAUCAUACAACACAUUCUACCAUAAAAUGUUCUGUUUUUUAGCUCUGGUGUUUGAGAUUUGAUGAAGCUUAGAUUAUGUUUGGCUGCUCGCAGUUUUCAAAGACUUGGACAAUCUUGGAUAAUGUAAAGAUGUCACUUGCACUGGUCUGGUCCUGAAGCAGACACACUUCCAGUCGUAACCCAAAUUGAAAUCAGAACGGCUUCGUAUUUGUUGUCUUCAAUUCAUUAUUCAGAUUUCCAAUACCUCAUCCUAACCAUCUGUAUUUCCUUUUCGAAGGCACCAAGGAUCUGACCGCCAAAAGGGUUAAAAUUCUUCAAUUUAGCAAGCUGUAGUUUUUUUCUAAGUGUUUUUAGCAUCCUGCCUUUUGGUGCCAUGGUAUCAUUGUCUUUUGUUUCAUGUGUCUGUCCUCUUAUUCCAACCUGCCUAGGUGGAGAAGCAUUGAGAGCGGCACCACUAGAGUGA